CACAAAAAUAACACGAUCACGUCGUUAACAUAAAUUGGAAUUAUUUGUUGUACUGCCUUUCAUUUACUGUUUUAUUUGUAAUAAGGCAUUUUCAUGGCUGGUAAAAAGAAGGAAAACAGUUUACAGGUGAAUAUAACUAAUGAUGAACAAUGGAACGAUGUUCUGGCAAUGAAAGGGUUAACAGUGGUGGACGUGUACCAGCAGUGGUGUGGGCCGUGUCGUGCUGUCAUCAGUCUCUUUAGAAAAAUCAAGAAUGAACUGGGAGAUGACCUGCUGCAUUUUGCCACAGCAGAGGCGGAUGGCAUUGAAGCUCUGGAGAAGUACAGAGGGAAGUGUGAGCCCACCUUCCUGUUUUAUGCGGGUGGGGAGCUGGUGGCCGUUCUGCGGGGGCCAAAUGCUCCUCUCCUGCAGAAGACCAUACAAGAGGAGCUGAAUAAAGAGAAGAACGUUCUAGAACACGGCACAGGACGCAAAGUGGUGAAAGAUGAAGGUUUAAUUGAAGAAGAGGAGGUGAACAAUGACACCGAAGAUCACCAACAUGAUGAAGAUAUGAUGGUUCCCGCUCAUAAGUCUUACACUGUGGCGCUAAUAAAGCCAGAUGUUGUUGCUCAUGGCAAAGCAAAUGAGAUUAUUAUGAAGAUUCAGGACGCAGGGUUUGUGAUUUUGGCUCACGAGGAGAGAACUUUAACUGAAGCAGAAGUUCAAGACUUCUAUCAGCACAAAUCCACGGAGCCAUACUUUCAGGAGCUCAUCCAGUUUAUGUCGAGCGGUCCAUCCCACGUUCUGGUCAUUUCUAAGAUGGAGGAAUGUGAUGACGUCAUCCCAGCCUGGCGGGAAUUCAUUGGUCCACCGGACAUCGAAGAGGCUAAGAGGAAUCAGCCGGAGAGCCUGCGAGCUCAGUACGGCACCAAGAGCGUUUUUAACGGCCUACACGGUAGCAAUGACAGCGAGCUUGCCAGCAGGGAGUUGGCGUUUUUCUUCCCGAACUUCAGGAUGGCAAUGGCGGACUCGGAACAGGAGACUGUGGAGAGGACGCUGGCGCUUAUCCGCCCAGACGCUGCCAGGGAAAACAGAGAGGAGAUUCUGGCCCGGAUCCAUGAGUCAGGUUUCACAGUGGCGAUGCAGAGAGAGGUGAUGCUCUCUGAAGAACAGGUGAGACAGUUCUACAGCUCUCACCUGCAGGAGGAAUACUUCCCCAGACUGAUGGAGAGCAUGACCAGUGGGCCAGUGCUAGCAUUAGCUCUUGUAAAGCAAGGAGCUGUAAAACACUGGAGGGGCAUCCUGGGACCCAAAGAUCUAAUCCAGGCUAAGAAUGAGGAACCCGAGUGCUUGCGAGCUCAGUUUUCCGCUGGGAAUUCCAGUAUUAACCAGCUGCAUGGCAGUGGAAGUCCAGAGGAGGCAGAGAGAGAGAUCAGAUUCUUCUUCCCCACAGAGCAAACACUGGCCGUCAUUAAACCUGACACUGAACACAGAGAGGAAAUCCUGGAAGAGAUUCGGGCGAGAGGAUUCACCAUUUCUCGCAUGAAGGACACGGUUCUGUCCAGAGAGAUGGCAGAAGAGUUUUAUAAAGAACACCGGGAUAAACCCUUCUUCAGCCAGCUGGUGGAUUACAUGUGUCGGGGCCCGUGUUCGGUGUUGGUUCUGACCAAGGAGAAUGCAGUAGAGGAGUGGAGGGCAACCAUGGGCCCUACGGACCCUGGCGUGGCGAGAGAGAUGGCUCCAGAGUCUUUAAGGGCCCGCUUCGCUAAAGAUGUCUUAGAGAACGGCGUCCAUGGCUCCUCCAACACAAAACACGCACACGAGAAGAUCCAGUUCAUCUUUGGAGACAUCGACUCAGAGAGCGAACUCAUCCAUGAUGCUGCUUCACCUCCUUUAGAGGCCGAUGAGAGCUUUGCAGAGCUAAAAAAUCUUCAAGCUUCGAGAUCACCAUCGUUUGAUCAGCAGAAGAACCAGACCGAGCCGAGCACUACAGCUGCUGAUAAAAUGAACCCUGAGACGACAGAGAGACAUCCAGCAUCCCCUGAUCAUCUCAAGGCCGUCUCGCAUCAGACAGAAGCAACAGAGUCAGCAUGACACAGCAGAUCAAGUACAUGAAGUCUGUGAGAUCAUCGGUCGAUGAAAAGGAUGGGUAAAGGUGAAGCUUUUACCUUUUCAUCCAAACUUUCAUGAGGAACAAUAUUGCAAUACUUACAGGCUUGACGCAACAUGAAGAUUCAUCUGAUGUAAUCAAAUAGGUUUAAUUAGAGAAGACUGUAUAUAGAACAUUUUAUGGUUUCCUUUGUAAUUGUUCUCCUCCAGUUUGAAGCUGAAGGCAUCUGGAUGUACGGCAGCUAAAAACGUCGUUUGUGGUCUCAUCUUCAGUCGUACAUUCCUUAUGAAUAAAUACA